UAUAGAGGGAGAGAGGAAGAGAGAGAGGCAGUAGCUUUCCCCUUAUGCACACACAUGCGUAUACACACACACACAUAGCCACACACACACAUAUAUAUACACACACACAGACUCACAGACAGCAGCUUUAGGGAGCAGAGGCAGAAAUAGGACUGUCCCUGACAAAUAACAAUCUUUCUUCUAACCGAUAUACACACACUCACACAUAAGCCAGUGCUUAUGCUCCCACCCCCCACCAGCUCUCCUCUCCUGUCAGUGGGGCAGUGUGAGCCUCUCUGACCGAUUCCUAUCGGGAGCUCAGCAGUAAGAAACAAAAGAAGCAGGAGAAAGGAAGGCUGGCUGUUUCUCCUUGCGCUCCGGCACAGGCAGUGACUGAAAAAAAAGAGAGAGAAAGCUGAUUGUCCUGAAGAACAGAGUAAGAGAGAGAGAAAGAGAUAUAGAGACAGAGGGGGACUCCAUGUCUGGUAGCACAGGCAGAUAUAGCUGCAUCUACAAGCCUUGUUGUUGCAAGAUUCCUGUGGAGGGAAGUCCAGAAGAGGAGCACAGUUGGAGCGUCCAAAUGCACACUCACAUGCUCGAGAAGCUGUCAAGGGUUGCUGAUGUGGAGGCAUCAACUGUCAAGUUCCAGUCCUGGGUGUCUGGUGCACUGAUCCAGCCCCAAUAAGCCAGAGAAGGGGCAUGGCGGACUGUACAGCCCUAGGCUUGCUGGGCCUACUUUUGCUACUGGUCUCAGCACCCAUAUCCCAAGGCCAAAGCUGUCCACAGCGCUGUGACUGUGUACCCCAGAAUAAGGCUGUGAAUUGCCAGAACAAGCGCCUGAGUUCUAUUCCGAGUGGAAUUCCACUGGACACGAAGCUGCUAGACAUGAGUGGCAACAGUCUGCGUUGGGUGGAGCAUGGAGAUCUAUCCACCUAUGUACAGUUGGAAGAACUAGAUCUUAGUGAGAAUCUCAUCAGUGUGUUAGAGCCUAAUGCGUUUUCCAGCUUGCUGAAUCUACGAGUGUUACGUCUGCGCGCCAACCAGUUGAAGCUGGUACCAAUGGGUGCCUUCUCGCAUCUUGCCAAUCUCACAACUCUGGACUUGAGUGGGAAUAAACUGGUCAUCCUGUUGGACUUCACUUUCCAGGAUCUGCGUAGCCUCCGAAACUUGGAGGUAGGUGAUAAUGACUUGGUGUACAUUUCAAACAAGGCUUUUCUAGGCUUGGUUGGCCUGCGGGAGCUGACUAUUGAGAGGUGUAAUUUGACCUCCAUCUCAGGCCAGUCUCUUUCCUACCUCCGCGGUCUAGCCAUGCUGCGACUACGCUACCUCAGCAUUGCCUCGUUGGAAGAGCAGAACUUUCGUAAGCUGGGUGGGCUGCGGGGUCUAGAGAUUGACCACUGGCCAUUCCUGCAAUACAUUUCUCCACACAGUUUUCAGGGGCUCAAUUUGUCCUGGCUGUCCAUUACCAACACCAACAUUACCACAGUUCCUACUGGUGCCCUUCGGAGCCUGAUGCACUUAUCCAGCCUGAACCUCUCCUACAACCCCAUUUCUGUGCUGGAGUCCUGGGCCUUGCGGGACCUGGUUCGUUUGAAGGAACUGCACCUUGUUGGCACCAACUUGGUAUUGGUGCAGCCUUACGGUUUCGGAGGUCUGCAGCAGAUCCGUCUGCUCAAUGUGUCUGACAACAGGCUGUUAACUCUUGAGGAGGGUUCAUUUCACUCAGUUAACACGCUGGAAACUCUACGGGUUGAUGGUAACCCACUUUCCUGCGACUGCCGUCUGCUGUGGAUCCUGCAGCGCCGGAAGACCCUCAACUUCGAUGGCAAGUCACCUGUUUGCGCUGCACCAGUGGAGGUGCAGGGUAAGGCUCUGAACUCCUUCUCCGACUCAGCACUCUUUGACCACUUCACCUGCCAACGACCAAAGAUCCGCAAUCGAAAACUGCAACAGCUGACCGCUCGUGAGGGUCAGGUGGUGUCCUUCUUUUGCCGUGCAGAAGGAGAGCCAACUCCGGUCAUCUUUUGGAUUUCACCUCAGCGCAGACGCAUCACUACCAGAAGCACCGGCCGUGUCAUUGUGCUACCGGAGGGCACUCUAGAGAUACGCUAUGCCCAGAUUACAGACAGCGGGACCUAUAUAUGCAUUGCCAGCAAUGCAGGUGGCAAUGACACAUAUUUCGCUACACUAACAGUCAGUGGCCUGCCACUAGACGCAGCUGCUGCAGCAAAUCGCACCUACUAUGCUGGUGACCUCAAUGACACUAACCUAAAUGACACACGUGUCUUCCUGAAGUUCACAUUAGACCUUAAGACCAUUCUGAUCUCCACAGCCAUGGGCUGUAUCACAUUUUUGGGUGUAGUUAUGUUCUGCUUCUUGCUUUUGUUCGUGUGGAGUCGUGGGCGUGGACAGCACAAGAACAACUUCUCAGUAGAAUACUCUUUCCGAAAGGUGGACGGUCCUGCAACCAGCGGGGGCCAAGGAGGGGCUCGAAAGUUCAAUAUGAAGAUGAUAUAAGGGGCAUAAAUGGAGAUGUAUCUUAAUUAUAAUGGCAGGGUAACUACAGUAAACACUGCACAGAAGGAUUUUGUGUAAAUAUGCACCCUUCCAUUUUGUAGACAGUUUUUGCAUCUUCAUAUCAUGAUGUCACAAUGUUUUCAAGAAGUAGAGAAAUAAGCCAUGAUUAAAGCAUCAUUACUGUAAUGGUUUAAUGACACUUUGCUUCAGCAAUUUGCUCACUUUAAUUGCCUAGUUAAUCACGCAGCGACACAAAAAGUAAUUAAGCUGAAUUAUCAAAAUGAAUGUUUGUACUGUAUAACAACACAGGGUGUUAUUAUGUAACAAUGCCAAGUACCAAAACAAGUUGAAAGCAGCAAAUUUAAACUAAUACCAGUAGUGUUUCUGAGUAGGCAACAUAUUUAAAUGAAUGGUAUCAGUGUUCUGGUACGACCAUCUCUGAAACAUCCAAUAUAUUCAUUGUUAAAACAGAGUGGUCUGGUGGGUUUGUUGGAAUUAAGUGCUGUGUACAUUUUGAUAAACCAAAAUGAACAAAACAUCAUUGCACUCAAAAAUACAGAAUUAUAUAUAUAUAUAUAGUCAUUUAUUUACAUUAACCUGCAUUAAAAGUACUCUUUCACAUUCCGCUCUGUGCAAAUACACAUUCUCACCAGUGCAGAAUCCCUAAAGGUUAAUCCCUGAAUCAUCAAAAGACUUACAGACUGUUGCUUUAAAGAGAGCAAAUAGCAAGUUGGAACUCAUGUGCUCAUGCUCUGGUUUGCCAAAAUUUUAUAUAGUAAAUAUUUCUACAGAGAUUUGGAUGAAUUAAAAUAUGAAUAUUGAUUUUGUAUUUCACCCUAAUUAGGAUACAGCUCUUAUAUAACUUUUUUCCAGUUAUCAGCAGCAGUAUGUACAGUUUGCACUGCCAAUCAUCAACCGAACAAUGAUCAUCAACACCACAGUUGUAAGAAAACCACCUCGUUUUUCACCCAAUGGCAGAAAGAACUAUUUGACUAUUUUUUUGCCUUUUAAUGAGGAACACUGACCACAUUCGUGUCUGACUUUGUUCUAAUUGUGGUCAGUCUCACAUCCUGCACACAAACCUGCGCAAGGCCAGUGAUGCUGAAGAGUUGUUCAAAGCAACAAGCAGCUUUAUUUUUUGGUAUUUCAGAGAAAGCCUUUGUCAGUUAUGCACCAUUAACAGCAGUGUGGUAUUUUUACUGUAUAAUCAUUCUGAUGUUUGUAUAUUACCUGUAUAUAUAUAUAUAUAUAUAUAUAUAUAUAUAUAUAUAUAUAUAUAUACGACUGUUUUAUGUGUUGUACUUUCUGUGCUCAGUUUUGUUGUCACGUUUUGAUAACUUUUAAAAAUGCCUGCAUUUAGAAUAAGACAUUUAUUCUAUGUGAAGCUUUCUAAACAGAUAAUGCUGGACAUAACACACAUUUGUAAACACUCUCUUCCUUGGAAUAAUAUGGAAAUGGAAUAAUACUGUAUUGUGUCUAUGACUGAUUUUGUUUUUGAUUUGAUUUACAUGGCGGCCUGGCAGGAUGGUAUCUAUAAAUGUAGCAAAUAAGGCUGCGGCCUCUGCCCGUCUCUGAGAUUAUUAAACUGAGCUACUCUGCUGCCCUCAGCUGGUGUAAAGUAUUUACUAGCACAAAGUCUUAAGGGUGGUUGCAAUGGAUUUAUAAAAUGUCUGCAUAAUUCAUAAAUCAUGCUCAAAAGAAAUAGAAACAGUAAACAGUUGUUUAAUAUACAGCUUUGGAAAAAAAAAUAAAAGACCACUUAAUGAUUGUUUUCCUUGAAUUUACCUAAUUAAAAACCUCUGGAAUAUAAUCAAAUAGAAGAUGGGUGAUCACAAGCCAUCAAACCAAGCUGAACUGCUUGAAUUUCUGCACCAGGAGUCACAUAAAGUUAUCUAAAAGCAGUGUGUAAGACUGGUGGAGCAGAACAUGCCAAGAUGCAUGAAAACUGUGAUAAAAAAGGGUUAUUCCACCAAAUAUUGAUUUCUAAACUCUUAAAACUUGAAUAUGAACUUGUUUUAUUUGUAUAAUGUGAAAUCUGAAAGCUCUGUAUUUAUUUUGUUAUUUCAGCCAUUUCUCAUUUUCUGCAAAUAAAUGCUCUGAAUGACAAUAUUUUAAUUUAGAAUUUUGGAUCACUUUAAAACUCAAGCAGUUCAUAUUGGUUUGAUGGCUUCCCUCUUCCUCUUGAUUAUAUUCCAGAGUUUUUUAGAGAAUCUUUCUGUUUGCUUUAUGAUAUGCUCCAUGCACCAGGAGUAAGUUGUAAGGCACUCCUUUUUACAAAAAUAUAUUUUAGAUCAAUAGUGUAUGCCCAAAGUAUUAUAUAUUAAAUAUUUUUAGACAUAACAAAUGUAUGCAGUAGGUUUCUUUGAUGUUGCUUAAGAGGCAUUAGAGGAAUUAAACACUUCUGACGUCUGGCUCCGUUCUCAGACACUGUAAAAAAAAAAAAAAAAAAAAAUCUGACUCAGCAUGCAAACCGCACCAAAUUAUUUUGCUUUCAUCUCAGCUGUUUAAUUAUACAGAAUUUUUUGAUACACUGGUAGAAUUCCCCUAUCAAAACUGUAACGUUACUUAAGCCCUUCUCAUAUAUUUUUAAUUUAAUUUAAAAAAUGUUUAGAACAGCUGUCCACAUAUAACAGCUGUCCAAACAUAACAGCUGUCCACACAUAGCCUUUGGCUCCCUUGCUAUUUCUGAGUUAGUCUUUUACUGAGACAUGUGCAUUUAUGUGCUGCCUGUUAUUUAAUGCUUAUUUGUAGACCGAAUGAUAGGCCACGAAUCAUGUAAUCUAUGGACAUGUUUAGCUUGCCUCUGUAGUGUGCAGGUCAAACCUGCACAAAGAGGUUCAGUAAAUGCCUCAUUUAUCAUUUACCCUACUAUAUACUGUAUAUAUUUCUUAUUUAUUUGAUGGAUUAUACGUUAUGGAAUCUGAACUGAACCUAUACAUUUAUACAGUAUAGGUAGAAACAUAAAGCACAUUUGCACUAGAAAUACAAAGUCUUCUGAAGUUCUUUAUAUUUUAUUGUAAUUGUAAAACCUCACCAGACACAGUUUAGGGGGGAAAAUGUUUCUUCCUGUUCAGAUGGUGGCCUAACUACGAAGCUAUUAGUUUAUUUUAUUUUAAGUAAUUAUAAUGUGUACACAUUAUAAAAACAUUUGCUCUUAGUACAUGAUAUUUACAAACUGUGAUUAUUUCAAAAAAAGUUAUUUUCUAUCUCUUAGACUAAUCAAGUUAAUGUUAUGGUCUGAACUAAAUGGUAUGAACAAUGUUUUUAUU